AUGGAACGUUUUCAAACGGUAGUAAUCACCUCCGGAACGCUAUCACCAUUGGAGACGUAUCCAAAAAUUUUGGACUUUGAGCCAGCUGUUAUGGCUAGCCUUACAAUGACGUUAGCUCGGCCUUGCUUGAGUCCAUUAGUAGUGGCAAGGGGUAAUGAUCAGGUUGCGAUGACUUUCCGCUUGAACCAAGGAACGACGUUGAUGUAAUUCGAAACUACGGGAAUUUACUGCUUGAGAGUGGCUGCAGCGGUUCCAG